AUGUUAGCUAUAGGCAGUGUGUUGAGUGUGCUAUUUUCACUGGCGCAAGUCGAUACGGCCAACAUAUUGUGCUUGAUGGGAGUGCCCAGUCCUAGUCAUCAUAUAUGGAAUCGAUCCAUAAUGGACGCGCUGGCCCGUGCGGGACACAACUUGACCAUCCUGUCGGCAGAUGUCGAACGGAAUCAACCCAGCAAUGUGCACUAUGUCGAGUUAGAAGAAAUAUACCCCACGCUUUACAGUGGUCCUGAGACGAUCGAUCUGGUCGAGAUGGCCAAUGAGAACCUGUUCAAAAGUGUCGUCACAUUCUAUCGAGAUUUCGUGAUUCUCGAGUGUGUCGGAAUUCUGAAGUCUAAAGGAUUACGCACCGUGUUGGACUAUCCAGACAAUUUCCGGUUCGAUCUGGUCCUGCACGACUUUACCUUGGGCCCAUGCCUGCUCGGUUUGCUACAUAAGUUCCACUAUCCGCCACUGGUCAGUGUGACCGCGUUCAACAACCCGCCGUACUCGACGGAUGCGAUCGGUGGGCACAAGUACUACUCCUACGUACCGUUCUACUCACUCAGUUACGACUCGGACAUGAGCUUCUUCCAGCGGGUUCAUAACACGCUUCUGAGUUUGGCGGAUUAUUGCUAUCGGACGUACGUGUCACAUCCGCGAAUUGAUCAAAUGAUGCGUGACUACUUCCCGUACCCGGACCUACCAUACGCGGCCAAGCUGCACCAGCACUCCAAGCUGCUUUUGGUGAACGCACACUACUCGAUCGAUUUUCCCGAAUCCUCUCCACCGAACCUCAUCCCCGUCGGUGGGCUACAGAUCCGGGACCCGGAACCGCUACCCACCGACCUGGAACAGUUUGUAAACGCCAGCCGGAAGGGUGCAAUUUUGUUCUCGCUCGGCACCAACAUUCGCAGCGAUCAACUCGGUGAGGCCCGGCAACGUAUGAUCAUCGAGGCGCUUGGUCAGCUGCCCGAAUAUCACUUUCUGUGGAAGUUCGAGACCGACCUUCAGCUCAACCUACCAACGAAUGUUAUGGUGCGGAAGUGGUUUCCACAGAACGACAUUUUGGCCCAUCGUAAGACCAAAGCGUUCGUGACGCAUGCUGGACUGCUGAGCACACACGAAGCCGUGUGGUACGGGGUACCAAUCGUGGGCAUUCCCUUCAUAACCGAUCAGCACCGGAAUCUAGAACGCUGCGUUCGUAAAGGCGUGGCACGGCGUGUCGUCUUCCAAACGAUGAGCAGCGACAAGCUUAAGCAGGCCUUGCAGGAUGUUUUGGAGGAUCCCAAGUAUCGCAGCCGCAUGGCGGCACAGUCUGCACUGUUUCGCGAUCAGCCCGAGAAACCAUUGGCACGCGCCGUCUGGUGGAUCGAGUGGGUCCUGCGUCACCCGAACGCGACGGAGCUGCAGUCGCCCGUGCUGAAGCUGGGAUUUCUCAGAACGAAUCUGGUCGACGUAGGCAUCUUUCUGCUAUGUAUUCCACUUGUUGGUGUGCUCGUGUUUAUGAGACUGGUGCUGCGAACG